AUGGCAAAACGCCUCAAUAGAUAUUUUGAAAGGAAACGUUCACCGAUCAGAUGGAGCCAGUGCCUUCACCGAGGCCGCACAAAAUCCAAGAAGCCAAAGAAACGAAACGCAGCCGUUAGCGGAGCUGAACCUGCCGACCCCUCCUGGGCGGGUGGGCCCUGCUCCGGGCCCGCAGCCUGCCGCAGCGGCACAGCCUCGGCGGCGGGGAGGAAGCGGCCCGGCCCGCCAGGGGAAGGGGAAGCGCCCGGGGCCCGGCCCGCCAGGGGAAGGGGCAGCGCCCGGGGCCCGGCCCGUCAGGGGAAGGGGCAGCGCCCGGGGCCCGGCCGUGAGGGGAAGCGGCACGGCCCGGGGUUGCCCCGCGGACAGCGGAGCCGGCGGGAGGGCGGUGCCGAGCCCGCGGCCGCAAGGCUCCGGGAGGCUGUAGGGGCGCUCAGCAAAAGCUGCAUUUAUGCCUGUGAGCCACAUCACUGGAAAGAAAAGGAUGUUCUAGAUGAGUUUUUCCUUCCAAAUGAAACAGAUCUUCGUCAGGUCACUGUAUUGUCAAAAGCACAAUGGGAAAGGAUUCAGGACAGGAUUAGACAAGCACCACACAUUGAUGAGAAGAAAGAACAGGAAGAGGUGCACUUGGACUCCAAAGCUGCUGGAAAAGAAGAUCCACGCAGUGCCACUUUGAGCCUGAUACAACAGAAACUUCAAGCCAAAAAAUUACGUGAAGAAAAGGAAGAGGAAGAAAGAAAGUUACUUGAUUUGGAAGAAGCAAAGUUCCAGGCAGCAAAACGGAAGGAGGUUAUUGAUCGUGCAAAAACCUACCUACGUUAUCAGGACGACAGAAUGAGACAUUUCCAUAGUGCACUUCUACUUACUAAGGUCCUAAAAGAAAGAGAUGCUCAAGUUGAAUUUCUAAAGUCAAGAUUACUUGAUAACAAAAAGAGGGAGUUUGAAGAAGAGCAACGUCAAUUAAAAGAAUACAUUCUCAGUGAGCAAGAAAAAGCACAUCAGCGUUAUAUGAAUAAACAGGCACUAUGCAAAGAUCAGUUACAACAAAUAAAGGAGCGUGAGCAUCAGGCAGAUCUGGCCAAGCAGGAAAAAAAAAAAGAAGAGGAAGAAAUACAAAGAUCUAUUCAACUGUACCAACUAGAAACUCAGAGAAAAAAAGAAAAGGAACACGAGGAAAAAAUUGAACGGCAGAAGCUGUAUCAUGCGUAUGUAAAUGACCAGAAAAUAAUCAAAGCAAUAGAGGAACAAAACCAAAUGGAAGAAGAUGAUCGGAUCAAAGCCCAUUUUAAAGCAAAGGAAAUUAUUGCCAAGAUGAGAAAAAAGAAAGAAGCUGAAAUGCGUAGACAAGUACAGGAACAACAGGACAAAAUCAUUAGUCGAUUAGCUGAACAAAUGGGUGAGGCAUUAAAGAAGGAAGAUGAUCGAUUGGCUAGAGAUGUUGCAAGAAAAGAAGCUGAAGAAGAAAAAAAACACAAAGAGAAAGAAGCAAAACAAAAGGCUGCUAUUGAAUCUAUUGCUGAACACAGAGCCACUGUGAUAAAGUUGAAAGAGGAAAAGGAGAGACAGGAGAAAGAAGAGGCUGAAAAAGAACGUGAUAUGUUAAUGGAAAAAGAUCGCAUCCACCUGGAACUGGAAAACAACAAAAAACAUGGACGAGAUGAGGCAAACAGAGAAGUACAGAAAAUUCAGCUCCAGCAAAUAGCUGAAAAGCAGGCAAGAAAAGAGCAGGAAAAGCAAGCAGAAUUGGACUACAAUGCUCAGAGAGAGGCUAUUGCACUUUAUAAAGAGCAAGAGUUUCAGAAAUAUGCAAAGGAAUUAAUAGAAACAGAAUCUAAGACAACACAUCAUCUUUAUCCUCUUCUCAAAGCAUGUGAAGAUGGAAGAGGACUUGGACAUAGGCCAUUUUUCUGAGAGAAGAAGAAAUAAAUACUAGUUUCCCAACAUA